CAGCCUGGAGUCCCUGGCCAGCCUGAGCAGCGGCUCCGCCAGCCGGCACAGCGGCCUCGAGUUCGCCACCAGCUGAGUGCCUUUACCUUCCCCAUGCAAAGCGAUAGCCUCUGGUUCGCUUCCAGCUACUGCGAGAGCUUCCAGGUUUCUGCCCCUCGUUCAGCGGGCUACGUUGUUCCGGUUGAUUUUUGAUGCACUCAGCGCAAUAACCUCAACUCCUCUCCGUGGCUGCCGUUCCACAGUUACAUAUUUCAGAGAGGUAUUAUUUCCCGCCGUGUUAACGCUGGUUUAGGUUAAGGAUGGAGAUCCGUGGUCCUCGGAGGAAUCCCAGCUAUCUCUCUGAUCUCUAUCAGAACAUGCUGCGUGCUGAAGAAGCCCCGCGACGAGGGCAGCGGCAGCCCCCAGCAGUCCAUACGAGAAGCAGCACGACCCUCUGGAGCAGUGCCCCAGCCAAGGGGGGGGCUCAGGCAAAUAAGCUUCAGAGCAGCAGUUCCUCCAGCUGUGAUCCAGCGUUACGGCCUAUCAUACGCCGCAGAGCCAGGUCAUUGCCUACAUCCCCUGAAAGAAGGAAGCGGGCAGCGGUGCAGUGUCAAGUUCCUGGAUGCCAGAGUCGUAUGAACAGGGUGAGAUUUGCUGAUGCUUUGGGCUUGGAGCUCACUGAAGUGAAAGUCUUCCAGACUGGGGAGGAUCCAUCUAUCCCCUUGCAUGUCCUUUCCAGGCUUUCCAUAAACUCAGACCUCUGGUACAGCAGCUCAGACUUGGAGUUUACCAUGCAGUGCUUGAUCCCUGACUUCCAGCAGCCUGCGGACUGUAUGGAUUUCUCUUCGCGGCUUCAGGAGCAGCAGGUGUGUCUUGAACGAGUGACCAGUUCAGAUCUGGGGCUCAGUGGCACCAUCCAGGUUCGCAAUGUGGCUUUUGAGAAGCGGGUAUCUGUGCGAUACACCUUCAACCAGUGGAAAAGCCUCCAUGAAGUGUGUGCUCAUUGGCACAGUAGCAUCCCUGAGAAAAAUGGGCAGGAUCAGAUCGAUGUUUUCACUUUCUUUCUCCCUGUGCCUCCUUUUCUGCUUCAUCUGUCCUCAGUGGUCCAAUUUGCAGCAAGGUAUCAAGUCAACGGCCAGGAGUAUUGGGAUAACAACAGAGGUAAAAACUACAGUCUCACCUGCCGGACUCAUCCCAUUAAGAUGCCUAGAGAAUGUGAGGAGAGCUGGAUCCACUUCAUCUGAACAAAAGAAGUGGAUGCAGAGCAGCUUGUCAGUAAUUUCCGUGGCACUCCAGGCCUUGGCCCAGCUCCCUGGCUCCUAUGGCAACAGGUUCCUUUCUCAAACCUGCCAAACCUGGCAGUGUGUUCCAGGGCAGGGAAGCAGCCAAUGACCUGUACAAACUGUUCUAAACUUCUCAGAAAGUAAAAAAGGGCCAAAAUGUGCAUUGAGUUACAUUGAUUAAAAGCCCGGGUUGUUUCUUGUAAUGUAUGAAUUGGUGCAGAAUGUUUCCAGGGGAUGCUGUUGGGCUACCAGAGGACAAAACAAGACACUUCAUGUUGCUAGUAAUAUUCUAGGUUGCACAGAAGAUUUCUAAUGGAUCUAUUUUACCAUUUUAUAAUGUCUGUUUUCUUAAUGGGCAAUGGGACUUUUAUGGUUUUGUUUCUAAUUUUGUUUUUAUUAUCUCACUGAGUCUGGGCACUGUUCCAUUUAUGCAUAAUUUGGAUGGCAGACACUGUAGGGGACUACUUGGAUUUCUAUAAAUAUGUUAUUAAGACCGCAACCAUUUUAAAUAUUUCCAUUAAUAUUUGGUUGAAAAUUAAAUGUUAGUAUGAGCAAAGCAUACAUGAAAAUGUCCCAUCAGCCCCUCUGUUUCCCUUAAAAAAAAAAAAGGUGCCUUUUGUUAUCUCUGGUGUUUGCUAUAGGCAGCAGGAAUAAUUGUUAUCGAAGUUUGUGUAAGAGAAUUCUACUUGUGAAGCGCUCAUCUUCGCAAGUGAUGCGCAAGCAGGCUUUUUCUCUAGGUAGUGGUAUAGGAAUUGUCCUUUCCUUGGGCACCUCUUUCUACUAAGGGAAACAAGCAGUUUUGCAUUUGUGUUGCAAUUACAGUUGAAGAUGUCAAAGCACUAUAGGAAUAAUAAUGGUCUUGCACUGUUACUUGUUAGUGUGGUUUAACGUUGGUAACAGCCAUAAAUCUAUUAAGUAAUAGCUUGUCCAUGAUUUUCUUCUUACAUAUUCAUAACUGCAUGUAAUGUUCAGCAUGCGAUGUUCAGCAUAGACUUUCAAAACUGGCUGAUUGAAUGUAUUAGAAGAGCUGCUUCUUAGGUCUAUACUAUGAAAAUUAGGACGCUUAAUUCAGGUAUCUUAUUUUGGAUUGCUGCUUAAUUCACCAAAAUCACAAGUUGUUUUUAAAAUCACUGUUGUAAGCAACUCACGACCAAUUAUAUAUUAGUCCAAAAGUCUCCUGGGUAAUUCUGGAAGUACAGAAACCCCAAGGAAAUUCACCUGUCUGGCAACUUACUGUUACUACUUUGUUGUGAUACCUGUACAACAAAGCUAGACUUUCAAGUGAAGAAGCUGCCUGGUUCCACUAGUCUUGGGCUUUCAAAAGAACCGAAGUCAUGAAUGAUGACUUUAUGAGCUGCCAAGAACCUCUUGCAGAGUACUGAGAAAACGCAAUCCUAUUUGAAACCGUUGAGAACUGACUGUGUUGUCUGCUUUAACUUUGUAUUUGAGCACUAUGAGGUUGAAUAUUUAAGUUGAAAUUUGUUUUGAAGGAGUAGGAGGUUGAGGUGCAAUUGCCAACUAGAGAGAGGAAGGUGCUGCCUGCUUUCAAUCCACCUGCAUUAUUGUCUGUAUCUGGGUUAGAGAAGUGACCAUUCCCAAUCUGGCAACAGCUCGUCUCCUAUAAGAAUCAGUGCAGGGAGUUGGAAGUCUAGUCUUCCUCAAAUGGCGUGAAUAGAGCUCUGUAAGAAGGGGCACCAUCUAAUGGUAAGGUUUUUUGCCUCCUAUGGCGGGCUUCAUAUGGCUAAAUAACAUAUGACAAUAAUAUAUCUGAUCUAGUCAGCCUGUACUCUUCAGAGCCAAUGAAUGGUAUGACAAACCACGUCUCCUCUGCUGAGUGCAGAGAGAUCAUUGCAGGGCUGGUUUUGCCAUACUGAAAUUCCCAGCAUUGGUGCAGAUUGUGCCAAAUUAUGCCAGAGUCUAUAGAUGUUGAGUUAGAUGAGCUGAAACCCACCUUCAGUGACUGCAGCAGAAUCUUUCUUGACGUGAAUUGCAAUAUGAAACUUGCUCACUUAAGGAGUUCAUUAGAGCUUAUCCAGUAUUGUUGAAGGCCAUAGAAGCAGCAUUUUAUUUUAUUUUAUUUAGCAGUGCUGAAUAAAAGGUGGUUUUCAAGAACUGUUUCCCUCUCCUUUUCCCCCUUUCAAAUUACUGUGUUUCUUCCAUCAGCAAACCCACUAGAUCGCCUCUUACCACAACAUUAAAAAUCCCUCUUAUGAGACUAGCAUUUGACACCAGUUUACUGUGGAUGUUGCUGGAGCCCAGUGCAAUCCUUGGCUUACUGGCAGAAGGAUGUUGUUGCCAUCCCCUAGGAGGAGCUCUUUCAUGUGCUAGCAAAGGUCAGAUCUGAGUGUUACUGCAGGCAGGGACAGAUGAUUUAAAGCUCAGGCUGUCAGUUAAAGGUUAAUGUCAUAUGUACCACAGUGUCAGUGAGAAAUCAAUGUCUCAGCAAUAUGAGUGUGGCUUGUAUUGUCUUCUUUCCACAACCUCUCAGGGUGUUUGCAUGUGCAAAGCCUUGAACGCUGAAGUAUUAUUCCAAGUUUGCCUUUUCUCUCUUUGCUUGUCUUGCACUGCUGGAGAACUGAUAGUAGCUGCUACUAAAUUAGUUGUCUGGCCCGGCUGACUGCGAGCAGAGCAGCCCUACCUUGUAACAGAAUGAUCUCUGCAUUAGGCUGUUCAACAUUCGCAGAGUACUGGCACCUGUCACAUGGAAGAUGAAAUAUGCACUUACGUUUUCCUGUCACAUUCACUAGUGAACAUCUAAAGGAUUAAGCCAUUAAGUAGUGGUAAAAUGAACCCGUCGGGAAAGUAAACUUCUAACCACCUUUAAAAAUUCUCAGGACAACUUGACUUGCAUGGCAUUCAAAUUAAGCACUUCCUUUAUAAUGAGGAUUUUGUAAAAGUGUAUUCUUCAUAAGUGUUAUUGCCGUAUAAUGCACUUUUAAAAACCUUUAUUUAUUGGUCAUACAAUAAAUUAAUGUCCAAUAGUCCACUAUUUCAAGUUUGUUUCAACGUGUUUUUUUAAAGAAACAUAUGGAAGUCAUGUAAAUUCGUGUAAAAAAAGGGGUGUCUUUCCUGAUUUGAUGUCUUGUCCAGAGCAAAGUACAUUACACAGUAUAUCAAUGAAGCAUUGAUAUGAAGCACAUAUGCUAGACAAAAGAUCAUUUUGUUUUAGUGCAGAGCUGUAUCAUUGCAAAGCUCUUAAUUCAUUUUUAAUACAAUAAUAAAACUAUGGCUAUUAUAUUACAAAAGAUUGUAAUAAAUGCUUUUCACAAUUGUAUGUUGUUUUUAUACUCCUGUUAACAGUUAGAACUCACGAGGCAGCAUCAUACUGAGUUGUCACAGAACAACGUACACGGGGAACUUACAGGUGUGUCUGCUGUGAAAGGCGAUUCUUCUGGAUGCUCCACUACUGCUGCUCACUCGAGGCACGAACGGAGCUGCUGAUGCUCCACUGGAAUACGAGAUCCACGCUCUGUUUUAUCACCUGUUUUUGCGAUAACAGUGACAGAUACAUC